CCCCUUCUUACAAUUUUCAAAUCCCACCACCCCCACCCCCAUCGUCUUUUGCCAAUAACCCUUCUGCCUUUUGCACCCAUUAAUUUGCUCGCUCAAAGUGCUAAAAAAAUGCCUCACAUCCUGCCCGAUUUCUCAAACUCAGUAAAGCUCAAGUAUGCGAAACUUAGCUACCAAUACCUCGUGAAUCACAUCAAAACCCUAACCCUAAUCCCCAUCAUGCUUGGCAUCUCCAUAGAGACACUUCGCCUAGGCCCAGAUGAGAUCCUCAACCUUUGGAACUCUCUCCACGUUAACCUUGUCCAAAUCUUCUUAUCCACCUUCCUCCUCAUCAUCAUAGCCACCAUCUACUUCAUGUCAAAGCCACGCACGAUCUUCCUAGUGGACUACGCGUGCUUCAAGCCCCCCGUCACGUGCCGCGUCCCUUUCGCCACAUUCAUGGAACACUCAAGACUCAUCCUCAAAAACAAUCCCAAAAGCGUGGAGUUCCAAAUGAGAAUUUUAGAACGAUCGGGCCUCGGAGAAGAAACGUGCCUCCCCCCAGCAAUCCAUUACAUUCCACCAAAACCAACCAUGGAAGCCGCGAGAGGCGAAGCAGAACACGUGGUCUUCUCAGCAGUGGACUCGUUGUUCAAGAAAACGGGUCUCAAACCAAAGGACAUAGACAUUCUUAUAGUGAAUUGCAGCCUCUUUUCUCCAACACCAUCUUUAUCCGCCAUGGUGAUCAACAAGUACAAACUAAGAAGUAACAUCAAGAGCUUCAACCUCUCUGGAAUGGGGUGCAGCGCAGGCCUUAUUUCCAUCGAUUUAGCGCGCGAUCUUCUUCAAGUUCAUCCAAACUCAAAUGCCGUCAUUGUGAGCACGGAGAUCAUAACCCCAAACUAUUACCAAGGAAACGAGAGGGCAAUGCUUCUUCCUAACUGCUUGUUUAGAAUGGGUGGCGCCGCCAUUCUCUUAUCAAACAGAAAACAAGAACGCAAGAGGGCAAAGUACAGAUUAGUCCACGUAGUUCGCACCCACAAGGGCUCCAACGAGAAAGCAUUCCGUUGCGUGUUUGAGGAGGAAGACAAGGAGGGCAAAGUGGGGAUUUCACUCUCCAAGGACCUUAUGGCCAUAGCUGGAGAAGCAUUAAAGUCCAACAUAACUUCAAUGGGGCCUCUCGUGCUCCCUGCUUCGGAGCAGUUACUUUUCCUUUUAACCCUCAUUGGGAGGAAAAUCUUUAACCCUAGGUGGAAGCCCUACAUCCCUGACUUCAAACAAGCGUUUGAGCAUUUUUGCAUCCACGCUGGUGGGCGUGCUGUCAUUGAUGAGUUGCAGAAGAAUCUUCAGCUUUCCGCGGAGCACGUCGAGGCUUCGAGGAUGACCCUGCACCGGUUUGGGAACACCUCUUCUUCUUCUUUAUGGUAUGAGCUGAACUACAUUGAGUCCAAGGGGAGGAUGAAGAGAGGAGAUAGGGUUUGGCAGAUUGCGUUUGGAAGUGGAUUCAAGUGCAACAGUGCUGUGUGGAGGUGUAAUAGAAGCAUUCAGACACCCUUUGAUGGGCCUUGGGCCGAUUGCAUUGAUCGCUACCCUGUUCACAUUCCUGAAAUUGUUAAGCUCUAGGCUCUCCGUCAUCUAAUACAUUCUUUUAAGAUAAUUGGUAAUGACUGUCUCUACGAUAAUGAUUAAGAACUUAAAGGUAAAAAUAUUGUUAUUGAAAGAUAGAAAAUUACAUUAAACAUUUUAUGUUCUUCUAUAAUUUUUACAAUAAAAUUUUUUAUAUUUUAGUACGUUAAUGAAUGUCCUAAGGACACUAAUUAACAAGAUCCUUCCUUUAAAUACACAUUAUUAUGAGUUAAAUUUAUUAGAAAUCAUGAAUUUUAUAAAUUUGUGUGUUUCUUACUGUCUUUUUAAUGAAUUGCCCCAGUUUAUGAUUUAUAAUUUCCCAAUAGUUUUAAAAAAAUAAUAAAAAGGUGUAUUAGAAAGAGUCUAUUAGAUUGGAAAAAAAAAAACACACACACACACAAGGUUCACUGGUUGAGGUGCAGGUUUACUUUUCAAGUUAUUUAGUAAAAAGAAAUUUAGCUUCUAGGGGUUGUAUACUUCCUUUUCACCCUCCGUGACUGUUGUAGCCAUACCUAAUUUCUCAUUCCUUUGUCGUACUUGUUAUUCAUGUUUCUUUAUAUUUGGAUUUUUUUCCCUAAACAAUAAUAUAAGAGCUAGCUUGUUGUGAGUUUUCUUA